CUACUUCCUGUAAUUCUGUUGGGUGGGACAGGCGGAAGCAGUGUUCUGGCAAACGAAACAUUUUUAUUUUGCUGGGUUAAAAGAUUGACAUUUUAUUUCUCAAAAUGCCGGCGUACCACUCUGGCUUGAUGGAUGGGGACACCAAGAUGGUGGGGAACAUGGCUAUGCUGCCACUAAAAACCCAGUUCAAGGGCCCUGCAGCAAAAGAGACCAAAGAUUCUGACAUCAUUGAAGAGGCCAUCUACUAUUUCAAAGCCAACGUCUUUUUUAAGAAUUAUGAAAUCAAGAACGAGGCAGACAGGACUCUGAUCUACGUCACCCUUUACAUUUCUGAAUGUCUGAAGAAGCUACAGAAGUGCAGCUCCAGGGGUCAGGGAGAGAAGGAAAUGUACACUCUGGGCAUCACUAACUUCCCCAUCCCUGGAGAACCUGGCUUCCCUCUCAACGCCAUGUAUGCAAAGCCCAGCAACAAGCAGGAAGAGGAGACAAUGAGGGCGUACCUGCAGCAGAUCCGCCAGGAGACGGGGCUGAGGCUGUGUGACCGUGUGUUUGACCCCCAGACAGACAAACCCAGCAAGUGGUGGAUGUGCUUUGUCAAGAAACAAUUCAUGAACAAAAGCCUUUCAGCUCCUGGACAGUAGACAACUCCGGAGUGCUGGAGGUUAUUCUAAACUAAUGCGAGGCGGAUGAUUUUAUACUGAAUAAGAAGAGUACAUGGACGUGCUAUUGUUUCAUUGAUCAUGUUAAGCUGGUGCUUAAUGUGUCCCUGUCGAUCUUUGACAAAAUGUAAGAACAGCAUUGUAUUAUUCUUGUUAAUUGUGUAAAACAACAUGAAGAUAAUUCAAAACUUUAUUGGGCUCAAGUUAUAGACAUUAACUGUGGGUGUAAAUGCCUACAAUUUCACGUCACACAGGUGAAUGGGUAGAACUAUUGAGCUACAAGUUGUAUUUCUUGUUCUAACAAUCCAUCGCCACUUCCAUUUAGAUAUUUUGCGUAACACGAAAUUGUGUUGCGGAGGGCCAGUCUAAUCCACUUGCACAGGAUAAUGUCUAUACUUGAGUAAACAUUUAACCAAAA